AUGCAAGUCCUCCUCCUCCUCCUUGCAGCUGUGGGGUUUUGCUGGGGGCAGUACAACCCCAACACCCUCUCUAAGAGGACAUCUAUUGUACAUCUCUUUGAAUGGCGCUGGGCGGAUAUUGCUCUGGAGUGUGAACGCUAUUUAGCUCCUAAUGGAUUUGGAGGUGUUCAGGUUUCACCUCCAAAUGAAAAUAUUGUCAUUACUAACCCAAACAGACCUUGGUGGGAAAGGUACCAGCCCAUUAGCUACAAGCUCUGCACUCGGUCAGGAAAUGAAGAUGAGUUCAGAGACAUGGUGACCAGAUGCAACAAUGUUGGAGUUCGUAUUUAUGUGGAUGCUGUCGUCAACCACAUGUGUGGAGCUGCGGGUGGCUCGGGCACCCAUUCUACCUGUGGAAGCUAUUUUAAUGCUGGAAACAGAGAUUUUCCAGCUGUACCAUACUCUGGCUGGGAUUUCAAUGAUGGCAAAUGUCACAGUGGAAGUGGAGAAAUUGAAAAUUAUGGUGAUAUAUAUCAGGUAACUUCCUCUGGCAAAAGGACAGUGAUCCGCAAGUGGAACGGAGAAAAGAUGGCCUACCUAAAGAACUGGGGAGAAGGCUGGGGCUUUGUGCCUUCUGACAGAGCCCUGGUCUUUGUGGACAAUCAUGACAACCAGCGGGGGCAUGGGGCCGGUGGAUCUGCUAUUCUGACCUUCUGGGAUGCCAGGCUCUAUAAAAUGGCAGUUGGUUUCAUGCUGGCCCAUCCGUAUGGGUUCACACGUGUGAUGUCAAGUUUCCGCUGGCCAAGAUAUUUUGUUGAUGGAAAGGACAUCAAUGACUGGGUUGGACCCCCAAGUAACUCGGAUGGCUCAAUAAAGCCUGUGACAAUCAAUGAGGACACUACCUGUGGCAACGACUGGGUUUGUGAACAUCGCUGGCGUCAGAUAAAGAACAUGGUUAUUUUCCGUAACGUGGUGGACGGUGAACCUUUCUCCAACUGGUGGGACAAUGGCAGCAAUCAAGUAGCUUUUGGCCGUGGUAAUAAAGGCUUCAUCAUUUUCAAUAAUGAUGACUGGAAUAUGAGUGUUUAUUUGCAAACUGGACUGCCUGCUGGUACUUACUGUGAUGUUAUUUCUGGACAAAAGGAGGACAACAAAUGUACUGGAAAACAGGUGUAUGUUUCUGGUGAUGGAAAGGCUAAUUUCCAGAUUAAUACCGACGCUGAAGAUCCAUUUAUUGCUAUUCAUGUUGAUGCAAAAUUGUAACUCCAGAGAAAUGUCCUCUUCUGUGCAUUACUGUUUCCCCUAUAUGUAGUUUCCUGCUUUUUGAGCAUGAAUGAUUCUGUAUCUGGUGAAUAGUAAAUGGCAAGUAAAUUGAA